CUGCUGCCUGGAGAACGAAGAGAGCUUUUACGCCGCGCUAGUUGUUUUUGAUCCCCCUGCAACAAAUAAAUCUCAUAUUUUCAUAGGACUUCCCCCUGUUUCCCGACAUCUCUUCACCAUGUCUCGUGGCGGCGGCACCACCCUUUACGUUACCGGUUUUGGCCACGGCACUCGAGCCCGAGAACUCGCCUACGAAUUCGAACGAUAUGGGCGCCUCGUGAGAUGCGAUAUCCCAGCCCCCAGAACGGCAUCAAGUCGCCUCUUUGCUUUUGUUGAGUACGAGAGUCGCCGUGAUGCCGAUGAUGCCUAUCAUGAAAUGCACAACAAGCGCAUUGGCCGUGACGACAUCCUGAAGAUUGAGUGGGCACGUACUCCACCAUCUGCAUCAUGGCGCUUCGAUUCUGGCCGUGACCGUCGUCGUGACCGCACACCACCACGCCGUGGCCACCGCUCUCCCUCUCCACGACGAGGCCGUGACUACUCUCCACGUAAGGAUGAGCGUCGUGACCGCGACUUUGAGCGACGUGAUAGAGACCGUUCUCGCAGCCCUGACGACCGUGAUCGCGAGCGUGACCGGGAUCGGGACACCCGGGAUGACCGUGAACGCCGCGAUGGCGAGCGUGAGAACGGCACCACGAAUGGAGAAGAAAGGAAAGUUCCCUUAGAUUCUCCCACCCCCGCACAUGACGAGCUGGAUACUGCUGAGUAGGUCAAUCGCCAAGCUGGGAAACCUUCCCAUUUUCCGCCAUCACGCCGGAAAUAUACCCCCCUCGCUCCUGAAAAAUUGCCGAUUUAUGUUAGUCCGCAUGACGGUGAGAAACUAGUUGCCUUACCGGGUAAUAUUCCUCUAACCCAGGGGCUAGCACUCCUCUCAGGUCAUGAUUCCCUGUUCCCUUGCUCUUCUUCCUUCAGUUCUCUAUUCUUAAUCUCCUUUUUUAUCUGUACUUGCAUGUUCAACAUCUAUUCUUUAGUGGGCAAGUGGGUCUUCUUACGAUGUAUAAACACCUUAUAUCAGCGUUAGGUAAAAUCUAUCUUAGAGCUCUGUGGCGUCCUUUCUUUUAACCAUGACCUUGAGAGAAAGGUUUUACCAGAUUGGUGGUGUACUCUUGUUCGGCCAUGUUGGCAGAUUCUCACUAGCUCCACUAGGUGUUAUAAAUUUGAAUCCAUACCUUGAU